UGUAGGUUGAGCACUCACUUGACAGAUACCCAAACUUUCCCUCAUUAUUGUCAAUAAAUAUAAUAAACAGAGCACUUAUAACAAUUGACCUUCAUGAUCGUUAUCCGAGGCUAUGGAGGAGAUCAGUGACAAAUUCUUCUACGUCUACAGUUCUUCGCUGGAUGUGAGAAUCCAGAUUAAAAUAGGAACUCUGGAGGGCAAACGACAGAGACCGGAGUAUGAUAAACUCUUGCUAGACCCCAUGAUAAAAUAUUCUGGAUUGUACGGAGGUGGAGGCAGCAAGGGGGAUCUCUCUGCGUCACUGCAGGUCUGGGGAGGAGGCAGAGCACUCGCUCUACCCGUCCACACGGCUUACAAACAUUUUCCAACGAGGUGGAAGUAA